CCGACUACUCUUCGUUCACGACUUCCAUGAUCUCCUUCCUUCUUACACUCCCGGAAGAUGUCUUAUUAGCUAUUUUCGCUCGGGUUUCUGUCGAAGACUUGCUUUCUCUGAUCCAGACAUGUCGUGUCCUUCACGCAUUGGGCUCGACGGAUUAUGUUUGGCACCAAAUAAAUGUCCACCUACCAUUGGACGUUCCUUCUGGCAAGGACAUACACUUAAUUUCCGGUCCGGAGCUCCAUCGAGCUUGGGUUCGAGGUUUACGUCUUGAGCGCAACUGGCGCAGACAUGCUUCGCGACUCAGAAAGAUGUGCCACAUCAUGCACGGCGGUAUCGUCGUCCGAAUACAAUUUCUAGGAUCUCAGUGGUUAAUUACCCUGUCUCGUGCCCCCACAAGCGUGUUAUGCCUCUCUGUUUGGUAUAUUGGUGUACCGGACAGAGAACGACGUCAUCUUUCGAUGGACGUGCCGUCCGCUACGACCUUUGCUGCGUCCAUGCAGAAUGACGGUCGUGAUGCUAUUGUUGCCAUUCUCAUGGAUGGUAUUCGAACGACCAAGGUCAGAGUAUAUUCCAUCACGCUUGAGAGCGACGCGGAUGGCGAGCAUCCGAUGACCCAUUGCCCUCGCCUUAUGAGUCAGAUCUCUCAGGCCAAAUCUGAGGGAACCCCGAGUGAAGUCCAGAUAUACGGGGACAUCGUCGUCGUUGCGAUUGCGUAUUUUGAAAAUAUAUUUAAUCCGCCGACAUAUCGUUUCAUUGUUCUCAGCAUCAAAACAGGGAGCCAAGUAACAAUAAGCCCCAAGCUUCCAGAGCAUUUCAGCCAUGUUCACUUUAGGCUCUUCCCGCGCCACAUGGUGAUCGCUGGGAUGAAACUUCACGAACGUCUCGUCGUCCGUAUCUAUGAUUUAUCUCCGGUGAUAGCCAGACUAUCUGGUCUUUACCAAAGCAGCAGCCCCACGAAUGAUUUGGACACAUUCAACCAGUAUAUUGCAGAAUAUGAAACGGACGAUGUUCCGGCGGAUUCAGAUUAUACUCUUUCAGAUGGAUAUCUGAGCCACAAUUUUCCACGUAUGACAGCCUUAUCGUUCCAUGGUUCCGCGGGAUCACUACACCGUCCAGGAACCGCGUCGGUGUUCUCCUUUCCUUCAGAAAAGGGUGCGCUGUGUCCCAGAUCCCAUGGCGCCGUGCCUGUGCAUGUAUUCCCCACUCCAGCUAGUGCCAUGUCUGAUAUUGUCUGUAUCGGAACCACUGGCCGACGAGCAGUAUGGCUGGAACGUCGUUGGGACACCGACGUGUUCACGCUAAUGAAGGGCACCUUCUCUCCAGAACAAAAAGGAUCGACAAUUGUUGAAAGGCUGCUUCCUUCGCAUCUAGUUUUGCCGUUUGAGAUCUUUUCAUGCCAAUCGUUGGCCUUCGAAGAAAGUACUGGACGCGUUUGUCUCGGGCUCCAUACAGGAGAGUUGUACAUUCUCUACUUGUCUAGUGUGAGAUCAAUUCGGAGCGGACCUGCAAGAUGCGCCACGACCCCUGUACAGCCACCUUUCCCGUACGUGUCUUUUAACUUCGACCAACAGGGCAGUCAUCGGACAAAAUGCUGCGCCAAAUCUUGACAGAGUCGCAGAGAAACAUGGUAGGAGUUGCGGUCUGGUUUGAUUUAGCAGAGAGGGAGGUUUGCGGUCCCGGAGUUACCAUCACUUUCACAGCGUCAUCAAAAUUGAUAUACCUGUUCAUUAACGAAACUAUCGACAACCUUUAAAUGUCCUUGUC